AUGGCAGGACAGUCCAGGAAAUGGAUGAUAUUGGUGGCAACUAUAUGGAUUCAAGCGUUUACAGGGACAAAUUUCGAUUUCUCUGCUUAUUCAUCGGAUUUAAAAUCUAUUCUUGGGAUUUCUCAGGUGCAACUGAAUUACUUGGCUGUUGCCUCUGAUCUUGGAAAAGUUUUUGGAUGGUCUUCUGGAUUGGCUCUCUUGUAUUUGCCAUUAUGGGUGGUUCUUUUCAUGGCUGCUUUCAUGGGGUUCUUUGGUUAUGGUCUUCAAUGGCUUGUUAUAAGGAAUAUCAUCUCUCUGCCUUACAUCCUGGUGUUUCUUCUUUGUUUGUUGGCUGGAUGUAGUAUUUGUUGGUUCAACACUGUGUGUUUUGUUCUUUGCACCCAAAAUUUCCCAGCGAACCGGCCUCUGGCUUUAUCUCUCACAGUAGCCUUCAAUGGUGUGAGUGCAGCCCUGUACACUCUCGCUGGCAAUGCAAUAGAUUCAUCAUCACACGAGAUAUAUCUUCUUUUAAAUGCUUUUAUUCCUCUUAUCACUUCCAUUGCAGCAUUGAUCCCAAUUAUUCGUCAACCAUCUUUAGACCCCCUUCCUCCUGAUGGAGUCCGUCGUGAUUCCCUUAUAUUUUUCAUAUUGAAUUUCUUAGCCAUCCUCACAGGAAUUUAUCUUCUUAUCUUUGGUUCAAGCACGUCUCAUGGAACGAGAGCUCUUCUACUCUUUGCUGGUGCAAUUUUUCUACUAAUUUUCCCAUUAUGUAUACCUGGUAUGGUCUAUGCUAGAGCAUGGUUUCACCGGGCAGUCCAUUCUAGUCUCAGCCUUCAUGGCUCUGGCUUCAUUCUUGUGGAUGUUGAUGAUCUUGAGCUUCACAAGGAGCUCAUUACCCGUGAGUCAAGUUAUCAUGAAAAUGGAGAUGAAACCGUGUAUGGAAUUAUAAAACAGAAAGACAGUGGUGAAAAAGAAGGGUGUUGUGAUACAGUUGUUAAGAAAGAUCAAUUAGCAAUGCUUGGGGAAGAGCACCCUGCGUCAAUGCUUAUACGCAGGUUGGAUUUUUGGCUAUACUACAUUGCAUAUAUCUGUGGGGGUACCAUUGGCCUCGUGUACAGCAACAAUUUAGGCCAAAUAGCACAAUCACUUGGACAAAGUUCAAACACUACAACUCUUGUGACUCUCUAUUCAUCCUUCUCCUUUUUUGGCCGCUUGCUUUCAGCAGCACCGGACUACUUACGCGCGAAGAUCUACUUUGCAAGGACUGCGUGGCUAACCAUUGCCCUUGUGCCAACCCCAAUAGCCUUUUUCUUGCUUGCUGCUUCAGGAAAUGGAGUGGCAUUGCAUAUAAGCACUGCAUUAGUUGGAUUGAGCUCUGGAUUCAUCUUUGCCGCAGCAGUUUCAAUAACAGCCGAGCUAUUUGGGCCUAAUAGCUUAGGAGUCAAUCACAACAUUCUAAUCACCAAUAUCCCAAUAGGGUCACUUGUUUAUGGUAUUCUAGCAGCUAUAGUUUAUGAUUCUAAUGUAAGUUCUAGCCUAAACAUCGCUACUGACUCUGGUGUAUGCAUGGGAAGGCAGUGCUAUUUCUUAACGUUUGUCUGGUGGGGAUGCCUAUCGGUGUUGGGCUUAACUUCUAGUUUGUUGUUAUUCUUGAGGACCAGACAUGCCUAUGACCAGUUUGAAUUAAAACGAGUUUCGAGUAUAACACUACUGUACUAA